CUCACUCGCUCUCGUUCAUGUCGUGUUUCUGUUUGGCGCAUUAACAGCAUGGCGUGUUUGGAUUGUUGGUGUCUUUUCUGGAUGGUCGUUUGCUGGACGGGUGUGCAGUUUGUUUCUGCGGCGUCCGGAGACGUGACUAAGAAAUGUGACGGUGACAAGGCCAUGACGCUGUCAUUUGCAGGCUCUCCGACCGUUUUUCUCCAGAAGACGAGUGGUGGACUGGUAAAGGUGACAAACCAUCUCCCAGGAGUCGUCCUCCAUGUCAUAGCUGGUCGCACCACAUUAACGGUUCCCUUUUCUUCCCCAUACGGCUAUGCGUCUGAGAAGGGCUCCCAGUAUGUCGUGACUAUUGCUGUUGGAUCUCGCUCAAAUUUGAAAACCUUCACAUGCCCCAAGCCAGCUCGUCGCUCUGUGAGUGUUGCUGAGAGAUGUGCAGUUACAGCCAGUGAGAAGCUCCCUUGUGGAGGGUCUUCAUCCAUCACUCAAGAUGACUGUGAAGCCAACAACUGUUGCUAUGACUCAAGCAGCAGCACCAGUCCAUGCUACUAUGCCAAUGAUGUGACUGUGCAGUGCACCCUGGAUGGCCAGUUUGUGGUGGUGGUGUCUGAGAAUGUGACCCUUCCUUCUCUGGAUCUUGGGUCCAUCCAGUUGGUGGACAGCAGUUCCCCCAGUUGCAGCCCUGUGACCAGCCUGUCCAGCUUUGUCGUGUACCAGUUUCCAGUUAAUGCCUGUGGCAGCACAGUUCAGCUGGCUGGUGGCAAUGUGACUUACCAGAACACCAUGUCUGCUGCCAUCACUGUGAGGAGUGGUCCACAGGGCUCCAUCACCAGGGACAGUGUCUACAAGUUGUUCUUCCAGUGCACCUACUCGGGAAGCCAGGAUGUGCAAGUGGAGGCUGAGGUGUAUACUGUGGCGCCACCUCUUCCAGUAGUAGAGCAAGGGCCAUUUGACCUGGAAUUGGUCAUUGCAACAGAUCCCUCCUAUGGCUCCUACUAUGCUGAUGCCGACUACCCAGUGACCAAAACUCUGAGGGAUCCUGUGGCUGUGGAAGUGCACAUCGUGAACAGGACUGACCCUAACCUUGUUCUGACUCUUGGUGACUGCUGGGUCACCCCUGGACCUUCUGCUUCCAGCCAGCCCCAGUGGACCCUUUUGGUGAAUGGGUGCCCAUACACUGGAGACAACUAUUUGACCAGCUUGGUGACUGUGGACAGCACAUCUGGAGUGGCCUACCCAAGUCAUUACAAGAGAUUUGUGUUUGAGAUGUUUGCUUUUGUGGACCCUGUAGCUCAGCAAGCCUUGGCUGAAAAGAUCUUCAUCUACUGUGUUGCUGCUGCCUGCUAUCCCUCUGCCACAGACCCCUGUAGUCAGAGCUGCCCUGCAAGAAGAUCUGGCAGAGCUGCAGACAACUUGGCACGAAUUUCUUCAUCCAGGAAGAAUGUGCUCCUUCACAGUGGUCCUGUGGUCUUUGAGGCUGACCAGGUGCAGACUUCCAUGUUGGAGCAGGAAGCUUCUCUUCCCACUGGAUACCUGGUGCUGGGAGCUGCAGCUGCCAUGUUGAUGGUAGUGCUGGUUUUGGCUGUGCUUGCUGUAAGGAGGUUCAACAGGCCGAAAGUAGAUCUGAAAUUUUAAUAAAGGCUCUUAAAGAA